AUGGGUGAAGAUAGUAAAGAAGAUAUCCCCGAGGUUAAUCUUAAUUUCUCCAUGCAAAUGUGGGUUAAUACAAUACAGCGAGAUUAUAUCGAAUUAUGUUGUGAGCUGGAUGCCAGUUUGCUUGGUGAGUUUACUUGGAAACCUUUUAUUGCGCAGUUGCUUCCAUUUGAUAGCACCAAAAAGAAGAAAAAAAAGAAAGUUGUGAUUCAAGAUCAUGGUGAUGAUGGGGUCGAUAACUUAGCCGAUAAGGCGCAAAAUCUACCAAUUUCCGAAGGAACAGAAAAUGCAUUUGCUGGCUUAAAAAAGAAAAAGAAGAAGCCAGUAAGUUUUUUACAAAGACCUCCUUUUAGGGCAUAUUAAACAAUCUUGGGUGUUGCCUUAGAUGAGGCUGAAGGGGAAGGAAGUGAAAAGCAACCUCAAUAUCCCUGGGAAGGUAGUGAUCGGGAUUAUGAGUAUGAGGAGCUGCUCGGCAGAGUAUUUCAUAUUCUCAGAGAGAAUAAUCCAGAGCUUGCUGGAGAUAGGCGCAGGACAGUGAUGAGGCCUCCACAAGUCCUUCGAGAAGGCACAAAGAAGACAGUUUUUGUUAAUUUUAUGGAUCUCUGCAGGGCGAUGCAUAGGCAACCAGAUCAUGUCAUGACUUUCUUACUGGCUGAAAUGGGCACAAGUGGCUCUCUUGAUGGUCAACAGAGAUUAGUUGUCAAGGGUCGAUUUGCUCCUAAAAAUUUUGAAGGAAUUUUACGAAGAUAUAUCAAUGAGUAUGUUAUAUGUAAUGGAUGUAGAACCCCAGACACAAUUCUUUCCAAAGAGAAUCGUCUCUUCUUUCUCCGAUGUGAGCAGUGCGGAUCAGGGCGUUCUGUAGCUCCCAUCAAGGCUGGUUUUGUUGCAAGGGUUGGACGAAGAAAGCCUGGGACAUGAAUAAAAAGUUUUGGCGGGAACGAUGAAAGCUCCUUCAAAUUUAUAAGAAUAUCAAUUAAUUUUAUAUAACAUGUUUCAGUGAUUCUGGUCAUCUGUUGUAAUUUGAUUUUUCUUCAGAGGCCACCAGUAUGCCUCUGCUACACUCUGUGUACAUUCACUAAAUGCUGGCUAAUUGAGAAUCACUAUUGACAUGUCUUCUGCAAAUUUCUUUCCUGAAGAAUGUUAUGGAACUCUAGCAGGUAUGGCAGUAGUGGAUGAAAUAAAACAGAUACUUUAAUUAUCUCGGAAUGAUGCAACUUUUGUUGAUAACGUAGAUGACAUACUAGCGAUCUGCAUUUAGCAAAAUACUCGGCAUCAUUUAUGAGUGAGUUCACGGUGUGUACUUCAGCUUAAACCAAAUGAGUGGGAAGGAGGUAUAAUUUAGUACAGAUAAUUUAGAUAUGCGAUUUUAGUUACAAACUCAACAAAUGUAAAAAAGAUGCGUUGCUAAACAGAUAAAUUAAUGAAGAAUGCUAAUAAUAUUGGCCAAAA